CUUCUAUCUUACACCUACUCUCUUUCCUACAUCCUCCAUUACUUGACCAUUCACCUAGCUACCUAACACAUAUUUCGUCGCGGCGUCGAAUCCCCCCCUCCGACCAUGUCAUGGCAGGUACUCACCUUCCAGCCGGAGCUACCGCCUCACUGCACACCGACAAAUGAUUUCUUAUCUCGAUUCUCGUCUACGUUCCACACCUGCGUACCGACACCACUAGCCUUCAUCUCAACACUACUGGGUGUCCUCUCGAUCGUAUCAUGGCUGUUUGCGCAAAUGCCACAAAUAUACAAAAACUACACUAUCAAGAGCACAUCAGGCUUAUCUAUCUUUUUCCUGGUGGAGUGGUGUGCCGGAGACGUUAGCAACUUACUCGGGGCCAUCUUCACGAAGCAAGCAACAUGGCAAAUGAUAGUAGCGGGCUAUUACUGUCUCGUGGAUUUCAUGCUCGUUGCCCAGUGGGUCUGGUACGAGCGUCUUCGACAUGGCUAUAGAAUCCGCCAAGUAUGGCCCAGUAGGAAUGGCGACAACCACACAGGCAGGGAUCAAGAGAUGGUCAUCGAGGGCGUACCCGCUAUGAGCCGCGAGAGCACUUUCGAGAGAGACAACAGCCCCGAACGGAAGAGCUCGGCCAAGGAUAUCAAAGGCAAAGCAGCCAUGUGGCGUAUGCCCGUCUUCGGAGACGUCAAUGAGAAAUACGCCUCGUCCAGGAGCCCGCGUACCAUCAACCGCGUCCAGGCUUCUUCCUCGAUUCCUUCACCGUCGCCCCGCACUAUCCUGAUGUUGGCCUGCUUGAUCUCUCUCGCUCAAGCAUCACCACUGAAGUCUGCCAUUCACCAUCCUGGUCACCAUCAGCCCGUCAACAAGAUUACAGAUCUGGAAGCCGCCGGUACUGUUCUCUCCUGGCUGUCAACCCUUCUGUACCUCGGCAGCCGCCUACCCCAACUCUACAAGAACUGGGCCAGAAAAUCAACGGCAGGACUCAGCGCUCACCUCUUCAUCGCCGCCUUUUUCGGAAACCUGUUCUACAGCAGUAGCAUGUUGACGAACCCGAAUCUUUGGGCUGACGCACCCGCUCAUGGCCUUCACGGCUGGGUCGAAAACACACCCAAUGUACGAUACGACUGGCUGAUGCGUGCCUUGCCAUUCUGGCUUGGUGCUGCUGGUGUUCUAAUCAUGGACGCAGCUGUUGGUGUACAAUUCCUCAUGUACGGCGAGAGUGAAGACUCGAAAGUCGUCGUGCUUGAGGAGUCUGGCCGUGAAAAUUGGCGCUGGCGUAGAGUCAGUGGCUGGAUGCGUGGUUGGGUCCCCAGUUUCGGCGAGCCAGUUGGGAGAUCCGAAGAUGGCGGUGAGCGUGAUACUUUGCUUCCUCACACAGCGACUCGGGAUUAUGGCGCUGCUUCUCGACCAUGAUAAAUGAUGAGUGUUUGUUUUGGUUUUGACCUCAAUACAUGAUGAUAUACAUGAGAGCUUAUACGUAGCGGCCGCAUUGCGGCUGGCUCGUUCUGCUUGGGCAUUUUUAUGGCGUUAUUGGGGAUGUUUCUUUUUGGUUUUGAGACGGAGGCAGAUUCGAUGACAUUGGUUUUGAUGACCUGCAUAUGAUAUGACCUAUAUAGCAUUAAUGAAGCAUGCAUGAUUCC